AUGGACGGUGAUUUGUACGAUGAAUUCGGAAACUACAUUGGUCCGAGUUUAGACAGUGAUGAAGAAGAUGAUAACGAUGAGAUUGUGCAGCAAGAAAAGCCGGAGGACGAAGAUGAGGAGAUGAAAGAUGAGGUAAGGGGUUUUGUUUUGUGUUUUUGAUUUUAGGUUGGUAUUUGACGAAGGAAUGUUAUAUUUAAUCUUUUUCUGGUUUGACUGAAGAAUGAGCUUAAACUUGAGAUUUUUGUAUUAAAUUAGAGGUGCAAAAGUGGUGCACUUGCUUUUACUUACAUCUUUUGAAAAGAGUCAUAGUCUUGAAAGUUUUUGUGGUUUUAGAAUAUGGUUUUUGCUAAUUGAUGAAGAAAGAAAAGUUUUGAAAUUUAUUUUACUUUUGGAGUUACAUAGGAUUUAUGUUGUAGUAUAACUGACAGGAAUUUAUUCCAAUUGGUUUUGUUAUAACUAGUUUUGUUACUGACAGAUGGACACUUGAAGUUUGUUGUGUUUUUAGAUUGCAUUUUUUGAGCCAAUUUUAAUAGAAGGUUUUCUAACAUUUACACUACUUUUAUCUUGUGGUAGUUUUAUUGGACAAUUGUUUGUUUUGUUUUUUGGAGUAAAAACAUUAACUUGUUUUACCAUGUUAAUGUUAAUAUUUAGUUAUUUAACAUAUACUAGCUUAUACUUUAUACUUUUUUUUUAAGUAUAAACACUAUAUUUACUUAUUUCCAGACGGAACUUCAAGUUGAAGCACCGGGAAAUCGAAUUGUUCUUCAUGAAGAUAAGAAGUAUUACCAGACGGCGUUGGAGAUUUAUGGUGAAGGAGUUGAGACGCUGGUACAAGAUGAGGAUGCUCAGCCUUUGACUGAGCCGAUUUACAAGUCUGGGAAGAUAAAGCGCUUUGAGGUAUCUGAGCAAGAUCUACCUGCUACUAAUUACAAACCUCAAUUCAUGGUGGACUUGAUGCAAUAUCCACAUAUGGUUAGAAAUGUUGUCAUUGCUGGGCAUCUUGGGCACGGAAAGGUAUUUUGUUAGUUGUUACGGACUGUUUUGUGGAUUUAUUGUUAUGUUUUCUGAUUUCGAACACAUCUUUUUGGUCAAAUAUAUAGUUAUAGUCGGCGUUUUGAAUGAUUUUUAAUUAUUUAUUGACUAAAAUCUAUUUUAGACAACAUUUAUGGAUUGUUUGAUGGAGCAAACUCAUCCAGGCUUUCAACGACCGGAAGGAAGUGAUCUCCGCUACACUGAUCAUCAGUUUCUUGAGAUUCAACGUGGAUGUUCGAUCAAAUCUACUCCAAUAUCAAUUGUAAUGCAAACACUGCGAAACAAGUCGUAUUUGCUGAAUAUUGUUGAUACUCCUGGGCAUGUCAACUUUUCUGAUGAAGUUACAGCGGCUUAUCGGUUAUGUGAUGGUGUGGUUUUGCUGGUAGAUGCUCAUGAAGGGGUAAGUUUGAUAAAAUGUUAUAAUUCAUGUGAUUUAAUAAGGGAUUUUUUUAUUUAGUGAAUAGAUCUUGUGAUUCUUACCGUGUUUUUUGAAUCAAAUAAGUUCAAGAAAUCACAUGUUGACAUUACAGAUAAUGAUGCAAACGGAGAGGCUGCUGAAGCACGCGAUUCAAGAAAAGCUGCCAGUGACCGUUUGCAUAAACAAGAUUGACAGGCUUAUAUUGGAGUUGAAGCUGCCUCCAAGUGAUGCCUACAGUAAGAUCAGGCACACAUUGGACCAGUUGAAUCAAAUUAUCAAGACUUUUGCCUUGGCCGAUUAUCCACUAUUCUCGCCGUUGAAUAGAAAUGUAAUUUUUGCCAGUUCACGCUACAAUAUUUGCUUAUCAGUGGAUUCGUUUUCUGCUCUUUAUGCUACCAAGUAUCGUAAGUUGCUCGGUGCUUUAAAUUAGUAAUAGUCUUUGAUUUGAUGCUGUAUUGUUUAAUUUUAUAGGAAAAAUAAUGUUUUUAAGGCUUAGAAAGCUAUUUUUUAAAAUUCAUUUACGAAAAUAGGCUUAAAAUUUUAAUUUUUAUACAAAUGUAUCCAGAAGACUAAUAAUAUUGUUGUAGCCACGAUUGAUGUCCAAAAGUUUGCCGACCGUUUAUGGGGAGACUUUUACUUCAACACAGAGACCAAGAAGAUUACAACGAAAGGUGGCAUUGGCAUAAACAGAACGUUUGUUCACUUUAUAUUGGAGCCUUUGUACAAGAUUUUUGCUCACGUCACAGGAGAUGUGGAUACGUGUCUACCAAGAUUCACUCGAGAAAUGGGCAUCAAAUUGAACAAACAUGAGCAGAAAAUGAACAUUCGACCGUUGAUUGCACUGAUUUGUCGACGAUUCUUUGGCGAUUUUACUGGUAAGAACUAUUUUUUAAUUUGAGGUGAAUGUUGCUUAGAAAACACUUUGAACAUUAACCAGGGGAGGGAUUUUUGGGUGUGGUUUUGGCUAUAUUUAAUUUUUUACGGGCUUUUAUGGUUAUAUUAUUUUUUAAUUUUGACUAGAAAUCUUAUUCUUUAAAUUUAUUUUUUAGCUUUUGUUGAUAUCGUGGUGAACAAAAUCCCAUCCCCACUCGAAUCGACCGCCAACAAAGUUCGCCACAACUAUGCAGGUGUAACUGAAAGUCCAUUAGCUCAAGAAAUCUCGAAAUGUGACAAGAAUGCCGUCCUCUAUGUUCACACAACCAAGAACUACCCAACAACAGAUGCCACAUCAUUCCACGUUUAUGGUCGCAUUAUAAGUGGCACAUUGAGGGCAGGAGAAGAAGUCAAAUUGUUGGGAGAAGCAUACUCUAUUCAAGAUGAAGAAGAUUGCCGGAUAUUACCUGUGGGGAGGUUGUGGCUGUCUGUUGGUCGCUACAAGGUUGAAGUAGACGCUGCUCCAGCUGGAUCUUUGGUUCUGAUUGAAGGAAUUGAUCAGCCCGUAUCGAAGACAUGCACAAUCAUUGAAAAGGACUACAAUAAUGAUGAGGUAGGUGGACUUUGUCGAGUAAAGGAACGUUGUGCGAGGAAUCGAUGAGAAACGUCAUUUUUUAAAACUUUGGUUUAUGUUGGAGAUUUUUAUUAAGAUUUUUAUAUAAAAAGCAUGGUUAGAUUACUAAAACAACAUUUUCAUCCUUAUAUUGGGCUUUUUGAUUAAAAUGUGUAUAUAAAAAGCGUUGGAAGAUUACUAAAACAACAUUUUCAGAUCUACAUUUUCCGUCCACUUCGAUUCGACACGAAGUCCGUGGUAAAGCUGGCCAUUGAACCGAUUAACCCAUCCGAACUGCCAAAAAUGCUGGAUUCGUUGAGAAAAGUGAACAAAUCUUACCCAUUACUAACGACCAGAGUCGAGGAAUCUGGAGAACACGUUAUGUUGGGCACUGGUGAACUAUAUCUGGACUCGGUUAUGCACGAUAUGAGGAAAGUCUUCUCGGAAAUCGACAUUAAAGUAGCGGAUCCAGUGGUCAGCUUUUGUGAAACGGUCAUGGAAACGUCGACUUUGAGGUGUUUUGCUCAGACUCCGAAUCAAAAGUAGGUUGUUAUUAUUGUACUUUGGGAAAUGGGUUUUGUAUUGUUGUUUUUUGUAUUUAUACGGCAUGUUAGCGAUUUUUGGGAGGCCAAAUUUAUAUUACAAUACAGUUAUAAGCUUAAAAAUGGCAUUUUAUGUUGAUUUAGGCGAUAAUUUUGGCAGGAAAAGAGUUUAAAAAGGUUUUUUAAGAAAAAUUUGAUGUUAAUUUAAAAUAUGAUCUGAAAAUGUGUUUUAAUUUUAAACUUGGAUGUUUUAGGAACAAGCUUACGAUGAUUUCUGAAGCAUUGGAAAAAGGAUUGGCCGAAGAUAUUGAAAAUGAAGUCAUUAACAUUGGUUGGAACAGGUAACACUAUUUUUUACAUUAAGGUGGACUCUAAAGUAUAAUACAACAAGAUCACAAUGCUUUUUUUAGAAAACAGCUUGGCGAUUUCUUCCAAACCAAAUACAAUUGGGAUUUGUUGGCCGCUCGAUCGGUUUGGGCAUUUGGCCCAGAUCUUACAGGCCCAAACAUUUUGGUAGACGAUACCUUGCCCUCCGAAGUCGAUAAACAAUUGUUGGGCACGGUGAGAGAAUCUCUGAUCCAAGGCUUUCAAUGGGCAUCGAGAGAAGGCCCAUUGUGCGAGGAACCGAUGAGAAACGUCAAGUUCAAGUUGUUGGAUGCCAAGAUUGCGGAUGAGGCUUUAUAUCGAGGUGGUGGUCAGAUUAUUCCGACUUCCAGGCGGUGUGCUUACUCUGCUUUUUUGGUGAGUUUGGGGUUUGAUAAUAAGGACUUUGCAUCGACGUAGUAUAAAAUGAUUGCCUUAUGAAGAGCCUAGCUUAAAUUUUUGGCAUAGACAAGAGCUUGGUUGGAAUAUUUAUUACGACAUUUAUUUAUGGCACCGUGUUGGGUCGGGAAUUUUACAGGUUUUCCGAUUUGGAAUAGACUAAUCGUUCGAAUUUUAGAUGUCAACACCACGUCUAAUGGAGCCCUACUACGCGGUGGAAGUGAUCGCUCCAGCCGACUGUGUUAGCGCCGUCUACACAGUUCUCUCGAAGCGUCGUGGUCACGUAACUCAAGAUACGCCCAUACCAGGCUCUCCACUCUACAAAAUCAACGCCUUUAUUCCGGUGAUCGACUCGUUUGGCUUUGAAACCGACCUUCGAACUCACACCCAAGGCCAGGCCUUUUGUAUGAGUGUCUUCAACCAUUGGCAUCUGGUUCCGGGUGAUCCGUUGGACAAAUCCAUUGUGAUCAACCCUCUAGAAGUACAACCGGCUACACAUUUAGCCAGGGAGUUCAUGAUCAAGACCAGAAGACGAAAGGGAUUGACGGAAGAUGUGUCUGUCAACAAGUUCUUCGAUGAUCCAAUGUUGGUCGAAUUGGCCAAACAACAAGAUCUCUUUGUUCUUUAG